AUCAUUAUUAUGAGUUUUUAGUUACCCAGUAAAAAUCUAAUAAUAAUCAUGGUAUAUAUUCUUCUCAUUCAAAUAUAACAUUAGCUGAUAGCAUAUCCAUCUGACACUAUGAAUUCAAAAGGAAUUACAGAUAAAUGAUUAAUACAAUACAGUGCUGAAGGUUGGCAGUUUAAAUCUGUAUACAGUGAACCUACUUCUGUCCAAAUUCAGGGUAAAACUAAUGUCUAUAGCUGUAAACACUGCAAACACUGUUCUGCUCAGUUGGUCAUCUAGAAACACAUUGUCAUAUUGUCUUUUUGCAAAGAGCAAAAAUAUAUUCCAGACCUCCCUCAGCCCAGGCUGACAGUGAGUUCUACAGUCAACAGAGAGAGAGAGAGACUCAGUUCAGCUGAGCUGUGACUCUCCUCCAUCUGUCUCUGUGUCUCAGUGUUUCUUCUACACAGAGGUGAAAAAUCCUAAACCCUCACCCUGUACGAGGUCACUCACGGGGGCUGAGCUGCUCUCGUGGGCAGGUGAACGUUUACCUGCUGAGGUCAAACUGAGAUGUUUUUACACAGUAGAGACAUCCACACAUCCAUCGAUGCACAGUCAUCCUGCGCCUAUCACUAUUCUUGGUAAACUGCAGAAACCAGACAUUAGUGUCAAUGACGAAUCUUCUCAUGACAUCACUAUUGCCUGUGUACUUCCUGAGUCUGUCAGUGAUGGUCAUAGCUGUAACCUGUACACUGGAGACCAGCCUCAGGCCUACAAAGAGGCCUGGGUGAGGAGAUUUAACGCAGCAUCAUCCAAACUAUUCUGUACCUUCAGUGUUACAAAGAAUGAUCUGUUCAGGCAUCUGCAGUUGGAGAGAGAUGUGAGCUGUGACUAUAGAGUGAACACAGGAUCACACUCUCUGUCUCCCCGCAGUGAUAAAUACAUAAUUACAGGUCAGAAACCAAAUAUUACAGUCAGUCUGAAAGGGAACCUCAUCCUCACCUGUUUAAUUCCUGGCUCUGUCAGUUAUGACACCACCUGUAACCUGUAUGUUGGAGAGAAGAGUAAGUGUCUUUUCAGAGCACAAAUCAGGAAGAAGAAACACAAAGAUUCCGAAUGCUGGUUCUGUCAAUUCUCUGCGGCUGAGAGUGAUCUGAUCAGUUGUCUACAGUCAGUGAGGCGUAAGGAGGUGAGCUGUGACUACAGAGUGAGCUCAGGACCAAACUCUGUCUCUCCACGCAGUGAUUGGUACAGCUUUACAUUGGGUUUGACUCCAGGUCCUAGAUCUACUUUGCCUCCCAGCACGACAGCGAGUCCUACAGAAGUUUUGACUGUUACUUCUACUUUGACCCCAGACACCACAGUGAGACCAACUACCAGUAAGUAG